AUGGACACUUCAUCCAAAGAAAAUAUCCGGUUAUUCAGCAAAAAUUCCAUGCAACCUGUUGGGAGGCUUUCUUUUAAAACGGAAUAUCCCUCCUCAGAGGAAAAACAACCCUGCUGUGGUCAACUAAAGGUGUUCUUGGGUGCCUUGUCUUUCGUUUACUUUGCCAAAGCACUGGCAGAAGGCUAUCUGAAGAGCACCAUCACUCAGAUAGAGAGAAGGUUUGAUAUCCCUUCUUCACUGGUGGGCAUUAUUGAUGGUAGUUUUGAAAUUGGGAAUCUCUUAGUUAUAGCAUUUGUUAGCUACUUUGGAGCCAAGCUUCACAGGCCAAAAAUAAUUGGAGCUGGAUGCCUGAUCAUGGGAGUUGGAACAUUGCUCAUUGCAAUGCCUCAGUUCUUCAUGGAGCAGUACAAAUAUGAAAGGUAUUCUGUCUCCAAUUCCACUCUCAGCAUCUCUCCAUGUCUCCUGGAUUCAAACAAUUCAUUACCAAUUCCAGUUGUGGAAAAAUCACAAUCCAAAAUAAAUAAUGAAUGUCAAAUUGAUGCCAGCUCCUCCAUGUGGGUUUAUGUCUUCCUGGGAAACCUUCUUCGUGGAUUUGGAGAAACUCCCAUUCAGCCUCUAGGCAUUGCCUACCUUGAUGAUUUUGCUAGCCAGGACAAUGCGGCUUUCUACAUUGGAUGUGUGCAGACAGUUGCAAUUAUAGGACCAAUCUUUGGCUUCCUGUUAGGCUCGUUAUGUGCCAAACUGUAUGUUGACAUUGGCUUUGUAAAUCUAGAUCAUAUAACCAUCACCCCAAAGGACCCUCAGUGGGUGGGUGCCUGGUGGCUUGGCUACCUCAUAGCAGGAAGCAUCACUCUUCUGGCAGCCGUGCCUUUCUGGUGUUUACCAAGGACUCUACCAAGACCCAGGAGCAGAGAGGACUCCAGUUCCUCCUCUGAGAAAUCUAAGUUUAUUAUGGAUGAUCACACGGACUAUCAAACACCUCCUGGAGAAAAAGCAAAAAUCAUGGAAAUGGCAAGAGAUUUUCUGCCAUCACUGAAGAGUCUUUUUGGAAAUCCGGUGUACUUCUUAUAUUUGUGUGCAAGCACCGUUCAGUUCAAUUCUUUAUUUGGCAUGGUAACUUACAAACCGAAGUACAUUGAGCAACAGUAUGGGCAGUCAGCCUCUAAGGCCAACUUUGUUAUCGGGCUCAUCAACAUACCUGCCGUGGCCCUUGGAAUAUUCUCUGGGGGAAUAGUCAUGAAAAAAUUCAGAAUCAGUAUUCGUGGUGCUGCAAAACUUCACUUGGGCUCAUCGGUCCUUGGGUACCUGCUAUUCCUUUCCUUGUUUGCAUUGGGCUGUGAAAACUCUGAUGUGGCAGGAUUAACUAUCUCCUACCAAGGAACCAAACCUGUCUCUUAUCAUGAACGAGCUCUCUUUUCAGAUUGCAACUCAAGAUGCAAAUGUUCAGAGACAAAAUGGGAACCCAUAUGUGGUGAGAAUGGAAUCACAUAUGCAUCGGCUUGUCUUGCUGGUUGUCAAACCUCCACCGGGAGUGGAAAGACAAUUAUAUUUAAUAACUGUACCUGUGUGGAACUUGCAGCCUCAAAAUUAGGAAAGUCCUCAGGCAUGGUGGGCAGAUGUCAAAAAGAUAAUGGAUGCGCCAAAAUGUUUCUGUAUUUCCUUGUGAUUGCUGUCAUCACUUCCUAUACUUUGUCUGUAGGCGGGAUACCUGGAUACAUCUUGCUUCUGAGGUGCAUUAAACCACAACUUAAGUCUUUUGCCCUGGGUAUCUACACCUUAGCAGUAAGAGUUCUUGCAGGAAUCCCAUCUCCCAUAUAUUUUGGAGUUUUGAUUGAUACGUCAUGCCUCAAGUGGGGAUUUAAAAGAUGUGGAAGUAAAGGAUCCUGUAGAUUGUAUGAUUCAAAUGCUUUCAGACACAUAUAUCUGGGACUAACCAUGAUGCUUGGCAUAAUGUCCAUUUUCCUAAGUACUGCAGUACUUUUCACUUUAAAGAAAAAUUAUGUUUCAAAACACAGAAGCUUCAGGACCAAGAGAGAAAGAACAAUGGUGUCAACAAGAAUCAUGAAGGAGAAUUGUACUACAAGUGAUCAUUUGCUACAUCCCAGCUAUUGGCCAGGCAAGGAAACACAACUUUAG